AUGUCCAACAGCAGCUCCAUCAGGCACUUCCUCCUGCUGGCAUUGGAAGACACGCGGCAGCUGCAGCUCCUGCACUUCUGCCUCCUGCUGGCCAUCUCCCUGGCUGCCCUCCUGGGCAACGGCCUCAUCAUCAACGCCAUAGCCUGCAGCCACCACCUGCACACGCCCAUGUUCUUCUUCCUGCUCAACCUGGCCCUCAGCGACCUGGGCUCCAUCUGCACCACUGUCCCCAAAGCCAUGCACAAUACCCUCUGGCACACCAGGACCAUUUCCUACUCCGGAUGUGCUGCACAGCUAUUUUCCUUUCUCUUCUUCAUUUCAGCAGAGUAUUUUCUCUUGACCGUCAUGUGCUACGACCGCUACGUGUCCAUCUGCAAACCCCUGCACUACAAGCUCUGCUGCCCAGGGACCCUCCUGGGCAGCAGAGCUUGUGCCCACAUGGCAGCAGCUGCCUGGGCCAGUGCCUUUCUCAAUGCUCUGCUGCACACAGCCAAUACAUUUACCCUGCCCCUCUGCCAUGGCAAUGCCCUGGGCCAGUUCUUCUGUGAAAUCCCACAGUUCCUCAAGCUCUCCUGCUCCAAAUCCUACCUCAGGGAACUUGGAGUUUCUGUUUUCACUACCUUCUUAGCAUUUGGUUGUUUUGUGUUCAUGGUUCUCUCCUAUGUGCAGAUCUUCAGGGCUGUGCUGAGGAUCCCCUCUGAGCAGGGACGGCACAAAGCCUUUUCCACCUGCCUCCCCCACCUCGCCGUGAUCUCCCUGUUCGUCAGCACCUCAUUUUUUGCCUACCUGAAGCCCCCCUCCAUCUCCUCCCCAUCCCUGGAUCUGGCCCUGUCAGUUCUGUACUCGGUGGUGCCUCCAGCUCUGAACCCCCUCAUCUACAGCCUGAGAAACCAGAAGCUCAAGGAUGCCCUGAGGAAAAUGAUGACUAGCUGCUUUUGA